AGGGGGCUUGCAUGGCGACACGGAGAGGAGGUCAUGAUGGAGAGAUGCAGAGAGAAGGGGGGAGAGAGGGAAAAGAAACAAGACAGGGAGAACUGAGAGGAGCAUCUGAGAGGAUAACUGCCUGUUUGCUCACUCUUGUCUUCUUGCUCCCCCUCCUGUCCUUUCACUUCCACUCACAGCGCAAACGCUCAGACAACUAGGUAGGCACAGCGGAGGAGCACAGAGCUGUGAGGGAUGGAUGAAAAGGUUCCCACGUGAAAGGCAGGAAUCCACGGGAGAGAAGAGGAGGGUGAGGUAGGAGAAGACACAGCCAGAGAGGAGAGGAGAGGAGAGGAGGGGAGAGGAGGGGAGAGGAGAGGAGAAAGAGGUGAGGAGGAAGAGAAAGGGGGGAGACAAGAGAAGGGGAGCAGAUGGACACAGCACAGAGCAAAGGCAACGGUGUGAGGCUCACCGAGCGGCAGUGACAGAGAGGUGGGAAUAAAGGCGAGCACGAACGCCAGAGGGAUGGAAGAAUGGGAGGAAGCGAUGUGAAGGAAUAGCGGAGAAGAGGAGCGAGCGCUCGUGGGAGAAAGAGACAACACAGAGGGGAAACAGGAAGCGGGAGAUGUGGAGCUUGUGCCGUCUUCAGCCAUGAGCGAAUGAUUCACUGAGAGAAGAGAAAGAAACAGAGGCUGAAAGUAAUCAAAUCAAAGGGAAGUAGGGGCGACCAAGAAAGUUCAACAAGACAGGCCAUUAUGGGGAAGCACGCAAGCCCAUCCCAUACCUUGGCCUUCCAAUCUCCUGAGGGCCCAGGGGACAAAGUGGAUGGAGAAGGAGGGGCUGCCAACUAGAAGCCAAUGUGACAGAAAGACAAAGCAUGGACAGGCUGCGUUCCUUUCCUCUCUGCCUAUUUGCAGGAAACUUUGCCAAGAGUUGAUCUCUCUAGACGCUCAAAGAGAUAUGGGAUUAAGAGUGCACAACUUCAGAAGACUUGAAACAGUAUGGACGCACUAAUUUUAAAGAAUAUUUGAUGCUCCAUAUAUUUAUUUUUCUAUGAGUAUAAGAGGUUCUUUGUGUAAGCGUUUGUCACAGUGAUCUAUACUAAGUUGUUUCUCUCUGUCCUUGAUAUCACUACACCUUGAACUGUGAACAUGGUAAUCCAUCAUUUCCAAAAAGACAAUCUUGGUUGCAAAGAAAGUCACUGGUGUACAGAUGAGCUGAGAGACUAUACAUAAUCCUAAAAAGAGACAUCGAGUCCUCCAGCCUCUUUUGAGAUGAAACUGGAACUCAGUCAAUUAACUGUAUAGAUCUCUCACUGUUCUUAUGAAUAUAUAGUAAUGGAAAGAUCACUUUCCUCGCUGACGCACUAAAAACAAGGCCAUCAAAACAGCAAACUGCCCGCAAAGCCUGUGGAUGUUGCAGGGGCGAGAGAGGCUGGAGAAAUGGUGAGCAAAGAGCCCAACCACCUGCUCACAGGCCAAACCAAUGGCAAGAGCACCUUGGCAGACAAGUUGCCAGGGACAAUGACUGUACGUUCAGUGCUGCUCAAUCGAGACUCCCCGGAUAUUGAGAGUCGACUCAAGAGGCGGCGCAACCGCACCCACCAGGUUCGCUUUAAAGACCUGGAAGAUGGCAGCAGCAGCAGUGGCAACAGUGGAACAGGAGAAAACAAUAGCCAUCAGAGGCCUGCCACAGAUUGUGACAGCCCGCAUCCUCUUCGCAAACACAGCAGCAGGUCCUCCCAGCCAUGGAAUGACAGGGAUAGGCCGCACUCUGAGGGACUUCCUGGGCAAACCUCUGUGGUGGGGGCUGUGCGUGGCGACAUGGCAAGUACUAUAGAGGUGGUGGCUGCUUUUUUAGCCCGAGCACCUCCUCAUCCACUGACACCUGGUCCUACACGUCGAUGCUGGGCACCCCCGCAGACAAACUCCUUAACCUUGCCAAUGACACGCAAGCCCAGUACGAGUACCAGCACAGCCAUUCAGACCUCCCCAUGCCUGAAAAAGCAGCAGUCUCUCUCUUCCACCCACACACGUAGCCACAGCCUUGGGGACUCAGUUGGUGUGGAUGGAGAUGACGAACAUGAUUCACAAGAUGAAUACCUUACACACAACCAUGUCCCGCUGCCUGGGUCCAAAGAUCAAAACGGACCCCCUGGCCUCGGGGAUCGACCUGUAGUGGAACGAAGGUCCAAAACAUCCAGGACAGAAAUGAAGUCAGCCGUGAGUGUGUUAAAAAGCUCAAGGCACAGCUGCCCCCCUUCAGUCCUUCACAAUAUUGAGCCAUGUCACUGUUCCUCGGUAUCCUGCCGAGAUGGCCCCAAGCGUCAGGGAAGCAGUACUCCUUCAGCAGUCAGGAGGAGAAAGCGGCUAAAUAGGACAACAAGUGAUCCUGGAAAGGAAGUGCACUACUGCACCACUCCCACGCAAACAGAAAGCCCCUGUCCAUCCCCCUCACCCUUAAAUACCAAACUCUGUACCACUCAAGUUCAAACUGAGACCCCUUCCACCCCUCUCAAUUCAAAGUACUGCACCGCCCAAAUUCAAACUGAAAAUCUGCAUCAGCCUCCAUCUUUCAGUGAUGAAAAAUGCACACCAAAAACUCAAAACACCUGUUCUCGUCCAGCCCUACCUCCAAAUGCUGAACAGUGCACCACUCAAAUACAAACAGAGUCUCCCAGUCAUGCUCCUAAUGCUAAACCUUGCACUACACAGACACAAACUUGCAGCAUCGUUGCUUCCCCACCUGUGAAGGUAUCUCCCAGUCCAGUGCAAAUUCAGGCUGAGAGUCCUGUAUCCCCAACGCCAACUCAAGAGCCUCCAACCACCCAAAUAACUACUGUGCCUUACUGUGCCUCUCCCCCGCCUACAAGUGCAACAAUACAAACCCCUGAACACUGCGCUAAGCCAACUUGCACCUCUCCAGACAAGCCAGCUUGCACCACACCACCUCCACCUAAAGCAUUGCCCAUUCCUUGCUCCACUUCUCCACCCACUGUUACCCAAUACCCUAUUCCCUAUUAUACAGUUUUGUCUCCUCCAACAACCCCUAGCACAGCUGUGGUCUGUUCCAGUCCUUCCUCAACUGCGCCACCGUGCCCCACCCAAAACUGCACUUCCCCUACCUUAAACCUUGUAUCAUCCCCUCCCUUAAACUGUGCUACCCCUACCCCACUUAUAACCUCCACUGUACCCCUUCUUGACCCUCUCAAGCAUCGAGCCAUUUCCCCUAAUGUGACAAAUCAACCACUAUCAGGUGCAACAAAUUCUACAUCUCCCACAAAUCUAACACCGUGCACAUUUGUGACUCAAACUGCUUUGUCCUGCACUUCCAUAUCAUAUUAUACCACCACGCAUUCAGGGGGUCCCCACGCACCACACUUAAAUCCUACUUCAUCUUCUUAUGCCACCGUCAUACAAACUGUAUCUCGUUGUAAUAUUCCAUGUCAAGAUCUGCAAAAUACCUCUUCUACCAGCACAGGCAUAACCCCCUACUCCUCGCCAGUCCCAAAACUGAAAUCUUGCACUUCUCCGCCUCCACUUGUGAAAACCUAUGCGUCCACUCUUCCAAAUGCUCACCCGUGUGCAACACCAACUAAAGCUGUUCCUCUGUACUCUUCUACAUUUCGUGCUGCGCCACCAUACACGCCCCCCUCUCAGGCCCCCUACAAUGCUCAGGAUAAGAGGGGCAUUCGACUUCCACCUCCUCCCCCGCCACCUCCACCUUACACACCACGGAAAAAGGGAAAUGAACCACCAGGUCCUGCAAUCCGAACACCCAUGCUCAGGGCAGACAGCAAGGCCAGUGAGAAAGAUAAAGAGAAGGAGAAGGAGAAAAAGGAGGACAUAAAAUGUACGGACUCACCCAAGCUCUGUGAGAGAGCCAGCUCUCUGAAGCACAGAGCUCAAACACCGCCAGUCGCUGUGAUGAAGGGAGAGAAGCAGUCCUCCUCCUCUCCUGCCAAGGCCUGUUUUAAGCCCAGCUGUCUUAGCUCAGCCCAGGCUCAGCUUGGGGCUCUGCACAAAAUGCUCUGCUCAGGAGCCAACGCCAGGCCCAGCACCCCCAACAGCCAACACGCUCUCCCUCCAAUUCAGCAGGGUUGCUCUGGAUCCAGGGGCUGCUGUGCUUCUGGGGAGCGGCCCACAGCCGGGCCCUUGACUGCCACCCAGGCUGACACUCUAAGACAGGUCCAGGAAAUUUUGGGAGGGUUGGUGUCUGGUGCCAGGUGUAAACUGGACCCGUCCAAGGUGACAGAAAAGCUCCUGAGCCCCAACGGACCCCUGCAUGAUAUCCGUAGUCUGCAGACCCAGCUACACAGCUUGGAGGGAGUCUUGGAGACCAGCCAGAACACCAUUAAGGUCCUGCUGGAUGUCAUUCAAGACCUCGAGAAGAAGGAGGCAGAGAGAGAUGGAAGACAUUCUUACAGAACCGGACAGGACAUUGAGAACUGUGGCACCUGCAGGGACUGCGCCUGCAUCAUCUACAGAUCUCCUCCACAGCCACUCAUCCAUCAGAGCCUUCCGCUCCAGCUGCUAUCACUCAAUACCUCAGCGGUGCUGAGGACAAACAGUGUAGAGCACGACUUUCGUCUGCAGGAAGGGCAGGUGGUACGCACAUGGAAGGUGGGCGACCCUCCGGAGGGCUCGCCGCAGACACCCGUGCCCCAGCCCGCAACACCUCACCAACAGGACUCGCCUCAGCCGGUGCGGCCCCCUGCCACCACCAAGAAGAACCGGAAGAAAUGCUUCUGGUUCCUCUGAGCGCUAAAAGGGAUGCAGCAAGAGACAAUUUGAUACUGUAAUGCACUUCUGAAAGAAAAAAUACACACAAAAAGAAGAAUAAAUAUGGAUAUUUGUUUAAAAAAAAUUUAAAAAAUGUGCAAUGAACUGGAGGAUUAAAAUGCAAACGUGUAACUGUGGGAGGCGAGCGAGCUGCAAAGGUUAAGAUUUUAGCUGUUGAUGCGAGCGGUGCGACUGGGCGGCACAUGUUGUUAGUGCUCUUAAAAUGCCUCGUCAGCACUUACAGGUUUGAUUCUGGUGCGGGGAAGUAAAAAGUGCUGAAGUCAAAUAAAAGCAAAAGUUCACUCCACGUUAUGACUCACAGUUAAGAAGCAAUUAGGAGAUAUAAAGAGAAUAUACAGCGGUCAAGGGGCACGGGACAAGAGGCAAUACGGCAUAGAGAAUGAAGCAUAUUUAUAACAGGUGAAACGAGUUUAUGGGGAAAAAGGCAAGAGAAGACAGAGGUGGGUUCAUCUUUAUUAAUGGAGUAAUGAGGGUCAGAACACCAGCUUUUAUAUCCAGAGACAUUUAAGAAAAAAAGAAGUUAUUAUGACCUGUAUUUAAAACUUUUAAUAUACUGUAAUUGAUUAAAAAUUACUACACAUGUCUACAUGCACAUAGACACACACGCACACGUCUAAUACACUGACAGAUUUAAAUUAAAGAUUUAAAUUUAAAAAACAAACAUAUAUGAACUGAGGAAACGGUGUUCUGUACAUAUCAGAGCUGUUCUGCUUGGAUGCUAUAUUUCAAAUAUGGAUUACUGCUCUAUAAAAGUAUUUUACCACA